GCUUCGGCGGUGAUUCGAUCUGUGAUGAGCGACUCCGAACAGCGGCAAUUGCACGUGCCUUACCGAGAAUAUCACAGUCAGAACAAUACCAACCCCGUCGCCGCCGUCGCUCUGGUGGGAACCGAUGCGCUGGUGGAUCUGUCCAUUACGCCCGCUAAUAGUAGUAGUAGCACCAGCAGCAGCACCACCACCAGCAGCAACCAUCACCAACAUCUGCCACAGACCGAUCAGCCAACGUUACCACCUACGGCGGAACUUUUGCCGGACAUUGAAUUUGUGCCCGGUCUGAGCAACGACCAAACUCUAGCCAUAGAUUCCUCCGGGAUUGACCGGGAGAGCCAGCCUCUCCUCGGUCGCUUAGAGCUUGAUGUUACAUUUAACAGAUUCCCAGAUGACCCACAGUUCUCGGAACUGGUGUGGCAAGCUGAGUGUGCAAUAGAUAGCGGAGUUUAUCCAGAGAGGAUAUACCAAGGUUCCAGUGGCAGUUAUUUCGUAAAAAAUCCAGCAGGGAAAGUAACAGGUGUGUUCAAGCCAAAGGACGAGGAACCGUAUGGAAGGCUGAAUCCAAAAUGGACGAAGUGGAUGCACAAGCUCUGUUGCCCCUGCUGCUUUGGCAGAAGCUGCUUGAUUCCCAAUCAAGGAUAUCUGAGCGAGGCGGGCGCCAGCUUAGUCGAUCGCAAGUUAGGCCUCGGCAUUGUGCCGAACACAAGGGUGGUGAAACUCGUCAGUGAGGUUUUUAAUUACCCGCGGUUGGAUCGCCAGAAGGCGCGCAUGAAGCAGGCGAUCAUGGACCAGUUUCCCACAGUGGGAUCUCACUUCAAUCGCAUCGGUCUGCCGCCGAAGGUCGGUUCCUUCCAGGUCUUCGUGGACGGCUACAAGGAUGCCGAUUACUGGUUGAGGCGGUGGGAGAGCGAAUCCAUGCCGGCGCGACUCAGUCGCGAGUUUCAACUUCAAUUCGAACGUUUGGUCAUCUUGGACUACAUCAUCAGAAACACUGAUAGAGGAAACGACAAUUGGUUGAUUAAGUAUGAUGCCAGCGCCAGCAAGAACGGGUCUGAGCACGGCGAGGUGAAGAUCGCGGCGAUAGACAACGGCUUGGCCUUUCCCUUUAAGCAUCCGGAUUCUUGGCGGGCGUAUCCUUAUCACUGGGCAUGGCUAAAUCAGGCGAAACAACCGUUCAGUGACAUCACGCGAGAACUGGUUCUACCGCAGCUCUCAGAUCAGAACUUUGUACAGGACCUCUGCGAUGAUCUGUAUCAAUUGUUCAAACAAGAUAAGGGCUUCGAUCGACACCACUUCGACAAACAAAUGAGCGUGAUGCGCGGCCAGAUCUUGAACUUACAGCAAGCCCUAAAAGACGCCAAGAGCCCGGUACAAUUGGUGCAGAUGCCAGCUGUAAUCGUGGAAAAAUACGUGCAGCCAGCACGUGCAAAGUCCUUUGCACCGGAGCGUUUGUACAAGAUUCCAUCAAAACAACUCGAUACCAAUACAACGUAUCAUUUGUCGUAUCCGGAUGUGGACCAUAUGGUGGCUCGUUCUGCGCGAUUGCAACCAAUACGACCUGCCCACAGUCUACAGAAAAGUAGCGGCAAAUUUUCCGAAGAUACGACGAAUACAUUAUCUUAUAGACCCAUAUGGCAGAUCGUUAAAGCGGAGCCAAUUAUACCGAAACGUAGACCGCUGGUGAGUCAAGGUACGAUGGAAACUGUGACGACGGUUCGUCAGGAUUACGUGGUGAAGCACGUGGAGAAACCAGAAAUGAUCAUACCCUGUGGGAGCAUUCGCACGAGUUUGGUCCCGUUGGAUGACAAAACGACGGCGAAAUUAUCUUACGUCCCUCCGGGAGCUAUUGAGCCUGCAAUCAGUUUCAAGCCGAUAUUGAAAUAUCGUCCACCGAGUCAGCCCAGUGCCAAAGAGACGACGCAAAAAUUAAGCUACCAACCCUUCGCCGUCGACAAGAAGAAAUUUUAUCCUUGGGCGCAGAAACCUGGAUAUAAGUCACCGGACAUUACAAUGUGCGGCAAGACCACUUACUCCGAGAGUUACAUGAGGAAUGAUGCGGUUUCUGUGGAGAAACCCUUCCUGCCCGUCGCGACGUACGUGUUCCCUUAUGGUGCAGAGUUCGCGGAUAGAACCGUUUACAAGGAGAGCUACCUCCCGGGUGACGUAGAACGUCCGGUACCGUUUAUUCCCUGCGGCAGUAUUACCAUACCCAACGUAAAGAUGUCCGUCGAUACGACUGCCAAGCUAAGCUAUCAGCCAGUCUGGAUCGCGAAACGAAGCCCGUUUGUGCCGCCACGAGCCAGAAGUAUACUAGGAAACGGUAGAAUGCAGUCCGAGACGACGACUCGUUAUGAAUACACGGCCAAGAUGAUGCCGCGUCCGGACCUUAUCAUUCCAUGCGAUAACAUUCGUACGGUCGAUGCACCGCUAAUGACAGAUACGACCACUGGGUUGUCUUACGUAAAGCCCGGCAUGAUAAAAUCCGUUCAGAAUUACAGACCUGUUAUGCAAUAUUCCAGACCGGAGACGAAAAUCGACGGCGAAACAAUAAAUAAAUUGUCGUACCAAACGUGGACACUUAAACCUAGGGAAGAACUUCCAUGGACGCAGAAGAGUAAAUAUCUGCGGCCUGAACAUCCGAUGGCCGGUGAUACGGUUUAUCACAUGAGUUAUCCCGCACCAGGUCAAUAUGUCGAGGACGAGUCGUGCACGGAAUGUCCUUGCGUAAACGAGCAGAAUGAUAAUGUGUCAUCCGCUCCAACGAAAACAUGUUGAACAUGUUUUCUAGGUUGGAUAGCGUCUGAUACACACUGAAACUCAAUUACAGUUUAAUAGUAUACGAUUUUAGUUUGAUCUCUUAACGACCAACACUCUAUCUUUUUGGAAUACAACAGCUUUAUUACGAAUAUAUAAAUUUUAUUUUAAUAGCAAAUAUAGUUUUCUAAACAUUUUGAUACUUAUAUUUUCGAAAUACACUAAAUUUUUAUGUCCGAAUUCAAGUAUCCGAACGAAAAUGUGAAAGUUUAUGGAAAGGAUAAAAUUAUGUCGAGUGAGUCAUGUAAACUCAAAUCUAAAUGUAGCAGUAGCAAUAAACAGCAAACGUAUUGAUCGUACAACGUACUUUAUUGCGCGUAAACAUGCGUGUGUGUUAUGUUACAUUUACAUUUAGCAGUUACAGUGAUGGAUAAGAAUAUAAUAGUCAUCUCUUCAUUAAUUAUCUCAUUUUCCAUAAUAAAAUAAACUCUAAUCUUUGUUAACACAAUCAAUUGACAAUAUUAAUGUCUAUUCUACUGAAAAUAGCGUACAUUGUACAUAUGACAUUGUGUGCACAUAGUCGUGAUAAAUUUUGUAUUUCACAUUAACAAUUGAUAUAUUAUUUUUUAAUAAUGUAUGUAUAAAAUACAUGGUUGGGGGAGGGAAUGGAGCACCAUGUAGUAACUAAUUUUAAGCUAACAGCUAGUGCCAUCGAAGGCUAAGUCUCUGUUUUUACUCUUAGUCCGUUUAAAAUUACCUACUACAUAAUCUAUAUAAGCCUUAUUUAUAAACUAAGACGGAUAAGCUUCUGUUUACAAAUUAACCGAUGAAAUUAGUAAAAUUAUAUACAUAAUAUUAUGUGUAUAAUCGUAUACAUACACAUAGGCCGGUAUUCAUAGUCGGAUCUUAUAUUUAAGACCGUCUUAAGUGUAUCUUCAGAUACUCCGUAGCCAAUGAAAUGAUCUAUACAACAUCUGUAGAUAAACUUAAGACGGUCUUAAAUAUAAGAUCCGACUAUGAAUACCGGCCAUAGCUUAUCCCACUCUUCAGUACUACAACUAAGAUAUCACGAAAGAAAAUUAAUUAAAAACUAGUUAAAACUUAUAUAUACUUCAUAUGUUUUAACUAGUCUAUCUAUUAAAACAUAAAAUAUACUCUCACACUCUGACGGAAGUUAUUUUUUUCGAAUCAAGUGAUUUCGACGG